UGCUGUCUGCUGCGGUUGGUGCGUUUAAUCUUGAAGACGAUUUUCUUGUAAAUGCGUAAUGGAUUUGUGUCUGUAAUGAGGCGUUAACUAUGUGACUCUCCAAACAAAAUGUGAUUUACAAUCGUCAAAAUGACCAACAUUCGUCCAAUGACUCAGGCCAAGUAUCAGCUGCUGGUGGAAAGCAGAAGAACCCUGUCAAAUGCCAAAUGGCCUGUUAUUACGGUGGCAUGUCUAGCCUUAGGACUCCUCACAGGAUCUCUCAUAGUUACCCUCCAGCUGCUCAAGAAUUUACAAUUCAAGUCCUGGUAUGAGCUGUCAGAAAAUGCUACGUUUACGAACAAACGAGCUGAGUACUACGGAAUGGCCUCAGCACACCCUGGAAAAGGGCUGACUGAGCUUCUGGUAAUGUCGUCCGAGCCAAAAGCACCAGUGCAUCAUCCGUCUAAAAACUUCCUGAAGAGCAAUCGAAGCAGCUCCUUCCCCUUCGUGGACAAUCAUCACCUUGUGUGCUACUAUGCCAUCCAGACCGAAGACUCGUACCAGCCUCUGCAGCCAGAGGCCAUUGACCCCUUUUUGUGCACACAUCUCGUAAUUGCAUUCGCCCAAAUUGACAACUGCACCCUCCAACCAAUCCGGCCAGAAGACCUGAAGAUUUACGAAAAGGUGGUUGCCUUAAAGCAAACCAAUCCUGCCCUGAAGGUCAUGCUCUCUGUUGGGCAAAUGACCCAAGAUGGGGGCUUCUAUGACCUUGUGCAUUCCGAGACAAAUAGAAAAAGGUUUGCCAGACAAGCUGCAGCAUUUUUGAACGAGAUGAAUAUUGAUGGGCUGGACCUUGAUUGGGAGUUCCCCGAGUGGCCACCUCCAGGCAAAAAUGGUGUUGAAAGGGCAGCUUUAUCCAGCCUGUUGUACACCCUCCGCCGCAACUUCCGGGGCAGUCGCAGGCGCCUCCUUCUCUCUGUGGCCGUUGGAGCCCCGAAGGCCAUCGCUGAUGUCUCUUAUGAUGUACCUUUCAUGGCGAAGUAUGUUGAUUUUGUCAAUUUGAUGACCUACGAUUUUCACUCUUACAUUUGGUACUUGCCUGUGACCGGUCACAAUGCACCACUGUACUCCAAUCACUACGAUAAGGGCCUCUUCACAACCAUGAACACGAAUUGGUCUGCCAACUACUGGCACGAACUCGGCAUGCCGAGGAAAAAGAUCCAGAUCGGCAUCCCAACCUACGCUCACACCUUCAGGCUGGUCAACCCUGAAAAUAAUGGUCUUAAUGCUCCAGCAAUCGGCUACGGCUCAAUCGGAGCUAAAGGCUUUGCCAAUUAUUCUUUAAUUUGCGACUUCAUCAGCCAGCCAAACACUGGCGUUCGCUGGGACAAUGAAAGCAAAGUUCCCUUUGCGUUCAACGACUACGACUGGGUGUCUUAUGAUAAUCUUUCCAGUGUUGAACACAAGGUCAGUUUGGUGAAGUCGAUGAACUUUGGCGGCUCCAUGGUUUGGUCCAUCAGUCACGAUGAUUUCUCCGGCGGCUGCGGUCAGGGUAAAUUCCCUUUGGUCAAUAGAAUCAAAGAGGUCCUUAAGCUACGCCACUCAGACUUAAUGUUGUGACAAAUGGAGCAGGGCUUGGCUGAGACCUUUGGUUUUGUGCCAUUCCACAAACUCUGAUCCUCUGCUGUUACCAAAGAUUAUAUUAAUCAUGCAUAACAAUGUUAUUUUUUGCAAUGUUGCGCUUUACAGCCAAUUUAUACUUAUUAUUAUCAAGGAUCAAAUGAUUGUAUGAAUUAUUACGGUAUUUAUUGCGUACAGAAAUAAUGCUUCUGGUGAUACUACAAAGGGCUUUACUUUAGUGUUCAAGGACAAGCGCGUUUCCGGCCAAAAAAUUGUCCAUUCUACUUGAACCGUCAGGUAGAGAUCAGAGAUAAAGGAUGCUUUUAUAUAUUUACCGCAACCAGUCAUUCCUGAAUAAUGUAUUCCAUUCUGAGUAUGCCAAUAAUAAUGUUUAGUGAUAUGUACAAAUAGAAUCAAAAUAUUUACAAUCAGAAAGGCGUGCUGGCCAAUCUCUCGAAUUUCUGAAAUGGUGCAUGAUGUAUACUUUUAGAGUGUUCCUAGAAAAUGUUCUGCAAACAGUGCUUUCAAGUCUGUGUGCUUUAAACACUAAUAAUACAGUAGUGAUGUUAAUGAUGUUAUUUUGAUUUUUAUUUUAAAAUUUGUAAAAUGCAUUGAAUACAGCGAAAGUUUGAUCAAAAACUUUUUAAUGUCACAUAACUAAGCAGAGACAAAAAAUAUUCCAACACUUUGGCUGUCCAACAA